AGGGGGGUUACCGACUGGUCCAUCCUCUUUCUCGCUCUCCCUCCUCCUCAUCCUCUUCAUCCUCCAUGCUGUUUGGUGACAGGAUUUCAGCGCAGACCAUUCCAGUGUGUCUUUCAGGCUAAAUGGAGGAGUUAAUAGAGCUCCUGCAGACAUUUUCUCCUCCUCACUGAUCCCCACUGUGCAUACAGAAAGGCCAGCCUUAAUUGGCUGUAAUUUCGUCCAGCGAAAGCUAACGUUUGUUCGUACCUGGGUGGCGCUCUGACCUACAGCGGAGAAAAGGCGCAUUUUUACCCCCGGUGGGCACACGGUCAGAGCGGAGUUGGCCGGGACUACCUGUUUGCUUCCCCCGGGUGGAGCGAGCGUAUUGCCCGACUAAUAUUCACUGAACGCCGUCGCUGGUGCUACAUACCUACUGACCUACUUUGUGUUAGUUGGAAGUAAAAGAGUUGGGGCGGCUACGGUUUCAAAGAGAUGAAAGGUGUUGUGGACACAGCGAAGACCCCGCGGGGAGAGCUCCAGUAAAACAGAGGCAGGAGUCAAAGGGAGGCGGCAUAGCAGAGGCAGGGAUGACCGCGUCUCAUCACCUGGAACCCGGGCUGCUGGUGCUGCUGCUGGCCUGGUGGCAAACACCGGGGAUGGUCGGUGGAACUGUGCCAGUGGCGCCCGUGAACGUCUCGGUGACCCAGCUGAGGGCGCACUCAGCCAUGGUGACCUGGAACGUCCCUCAGGGCGACACCGUCAUUGGUUACGCCAUCUCUCAGCAGAGGCAGGAUGGCCUAAUGCAGCGCUCCAUCCGGGAGGUGAACACAUCCAGUCGCUGGUGUGUCCUGUGGGAUCUGGACGAGGAUACACACUACAGCGUCCAGGUCCAGUCCGUCGGGCUGCACGGGGACAGCCAACCCAGCCGUCCCGUCCACUUCAGGACAUUGGAGAGAACCGACCAUUAUCCAGCCGGAGUCCUGGACCACCAUGAACCAGCGAUGGAAGGUCUGGGGAUGACUCCUCACCUGCAGACCGGAGAGCUGCUCAUUAUCACCACCGUGCUGCUGUUGUGGGCCGCCGUCAUCGCCCUCUUCUGCCGGCAGUACGACAUCAUCAAGGACAACGACUCCAACGGUACCAAGGAGAAGGCCAAGAGGCCGCUGGUCCAGGCCAGCACCUCCUACUACAACGCCUCAGCAGGCAGCUCACCAAUCUACCACAAUGGAGACGUCCACAGCAGCAGGCUGCAUCGAGCCUCGUCUUCCAUCAGCAUCAUCAGAGUCUGAUGUUCUGAGACUUUUCUUCUCAGGAGGAGUUUCAGCCAGAUUAUCCCGAUCCGUGUGGGGAUUUACGGACCUGCUGCUGCAGCUGGGACUCCAAACUGUUGUAAAAUAUGAGCAGACGUCGGAGUGAUUCAAUGCUGCCCUCUAAUGGCGGAAGACGACUGAACCUGAUGCUUUCCUCCUUGUGAUGUCAAAGAACAAUGUGAAUAUUUUCCAGCCCGUUUGCCUCAAAUUCCUCCAGUUCACUAGGACCGAUGCUGCUGUUGCUCCAUCACAGUCCCAAUAAUUCUUAAGGACAAUGUUAAUGGAUUAUUUGACCUCUUGUUUUCAUCAUCAGUGAUUAAACGUUCAGCUUUCAUCAUGGUUUAAAUAUGUAGAUACAUCAAAGGUGUUAGAGAUUAACUUUAAGUGUAAUCUUUGCAGUGAUGGUGGUGAAAUUACGCUGUAAAUAUUUCAUAAAUGAAUUCAUUAAAUCAAGUUCAGAUUUUUGAA